AUGUCCAAAGCGCUCGCUUCUGCUAUCCUUCAGAAGGGUCCUCCUGCAUUGAGCGGCAAGACCAUCACCUAUGGCACCGCAGGGUUCCGCGCCAAUGCCGACAUGCUGGAGUGCGUCAUGUUCCGAGUCGGAGUCGUCGCGGCCCUCCGAUCGCUGCAGACCCACAAGAUGGUGGGGGUGAUGGUCACGGCGUCACACAACCCGGCAGCGGACAACGGGAGCAAGAUCGUCGACCAGGAUGGCGGGAUGCUGGUGCAUGAGUGGGAAGUCUUCGCUACGAGACUUGCAAACUCGACGGACGAGGCUGACAUGAGCUCGACCAUCGACAGUUUCUACCCGGACUUCAACAGCCAGGCCGCUGGUGGCUCUGCUACCGUCGUCCUCGGAAGGGACACCCGCGUCAGCUCUCCGAAGCUGGCAGAGCUCGUGAAGCAAGGGAUCCUGACCUGCGGUGAUAGAGGAGGGGGAGUUUGCCGUUGGCAUGACACGUGUGGGGGUGAAGGAGCCAAAGUUGUCGACCUGGGUAUCGUCACAACACCUCAGGUCCAUUGGGCUGUUCUGCGUGCAAACCAGAAGGGAGACGGUCAAGUUCCUCCUCUUCAAGGAUACUACGAGGAGCACGCACAGGCCCUGAAGGUUCUUCUUGGAUCUAAACAGACAAACGUGAAGUUUCACGUUGACUGCGCCAAUGGAGUUGGAGCGAAGGCUGUGGAAGAAAUGAACAAGACCUUGAGCGAGCAUUCCAUCGGCUUCUCCCUCGUCCCCUUCAACGUUGGGGAUGGGGACCCUGAGCUGCUCAACGAGGGAUGUGGAGCAGAGCACGUGCAGAAGAGCAGGAAGCUUCCAUCAGGUGUACCGGCGUCAGGGGGGAACGAUAAGUUUGCGAGCUUCGACGGAGAUGCUGAUCGUGUGGUCGUCUGGUACAAAAAGGACAGCAACCUCGUCCUCCUCGAUGGCGACAAGAUCGCAGCACUAUUUUCCGUCUACCUGUGCCACCUCCUCGAUGCCAGCAAGCUGAAACUUUCGCUCGGGAUCGUUCAGACGGCCUACGCCAACGGCUCCUCUACCUCGUUCAUGUCUUCCGUUCUCGCCAAGCAUAAGGAGAACGUGACAGGGGAAGUGAGCUGUGUGGCCACGGGGGUGAAACAUCUUCAUCAUCAAGCGCUCCACUAUGACAUCGGCGUCUACUUCGAGGCUAACGGGCACGGGACCGUCAUCUUCAGCGACUCCGCUCGCUCCAAGAUCGAGGAGAGGAGCAGAGGAGGCGAUGCUGCUGCGCAGACACUGCAUGCGUUCGCCUCCCUGAUCAACCCAGCGAUUGGCGAUGCCCUCUCUGACCUCCUUGCCGUCAUGGUGGUCUUGGAGGUGGAGGGGAUCUCGCUCGAGCAGUGGGCGGGAUACUACGAGGACCUUCCUUCCAUCAUGACCAAAGUUCUCGUCAAGGACCGCAACGCCAUCAAGACGACCAAAGACGAGCAGCGCGUUACUGAGCCCAAGGAGCUUCAGGAUGCUGUUGACGCCGCCGUCAGCAAGGUGGAGCAAGGACGAUGCUUUGUCCGCCCGUCAGGUACCGAGGACUGCGUGAGAGUCUACGCAGAAGCAGGGAAACAAGAGACAGCCAACAAGCUCGCUGAAGACGUUGGGACUGAUAUCACUUUCCCUUCGCUCUAAUCUCACUACUGACGCAGGUUGGCGAACAUGUGAAGCGCAUUCUUGGUUGAACAUGAAAACUAACUUGUUGAGAUCGAAUAAACCCCUUUAUUCCU